AAACCCGCACCUGGGCGUACCAGCAUACUCCCGGCCCACAACGCAUUCUGACCAGGAUUUUAUGUCGCAAGAAAAGGGGGCGGCUCAUAUCCCAAUGGACGCGUUAUGGACUCGCACCUAGGCCUGCCGUCACACCCCCAAUGUUGGCGUUUGUCAUGGGCGUGCAUUUCCAACAACGCCUGCCGGACCCCGAUCUAACCCCUGUGUUGAUCCAACGCAUCUACCGCGUGGCCCGUUCUGUGGGCUGUUGCAUCCCAGUGCCGUGCCUUGAGCAAUCGCCUCGAGCAUUGCAUUUUUAUGCUGCCGGCUCAGCUCAUGACCAACUUUGUUUUGCCGAUGACGGCGUUUCGUCCCUUCCAAUCCAUAACCGAAUGAUUAAUCCCAUCCCCGCGCUUUUCCUUGCGACUGAUCUUACUUCGUUAUCAUCGUCUCUUACUGUAUUAGAUACUGGACCGCUUGCCAUAAUACGAACGAGAAGUAUCAUGUCUUCCUAACUACCAUCUAACUAAUAACAUCCUCCGAAUUUUUCAAACCUUGUUUAUCUUUUGCUAGGCCAGAGUACAUUGACAGACAGUACAAGUGGCCCUUCGCAGUCGCCAUCCACACUGUAUACAUUCUAAUAGUAGCGAGAGUCAGAUUCCGAUUUUUGACCAAACGUUCAUAAACUUCGAUCGUUUACAUUAGAACGAUAUGAUUUCCUUACUCCGCUCCAAUGCCGUAAUUGUUGAGAUCCUGUAUACAGCCAGGUUUAAUCAACGACGAGACAGUAAAGUGAUCAACAUGAAGCUGACUGGCUUAUCGCUCAUGUACAAGGGGAUGCGGGUCUAUAAUUUAUUGCUAGUUUUAACUGUCCUAGAGGUCACAUGCCUCUCUAGAAUCCAAUGGUGUUAAGUUAUUUGAGAACUCCUUUGCUCCGUUAACACGGAGGAAUAUGUUCUACAGUUUUUACGUCCCUGUAAGCCACCUUUUGAGGCCUGCCUCCUGGCUAAUGCAAAAGUUCUUAUUGAAUAGCAUGUAUGGCAAAUUUCGGGUCAAUCGUUCAUACCAUUGCCUCCUUCGAUUUUCAAUCUUAUUGGUCUGUUUACGUUAGGUAGGUUGACUCCGGUCGACCUAAGUUUUCGGACUUCUAUAAGUUCGUGCAAAAUUACUGUAUUUUCACUUCAAGAGGUAAUCGUGCAUCGUUAUCUUCCGCAUUGCAAAGUCCAAAAUUUUUGGACAUAAAAACAAAAAGACUCGCUUUUUUCCUCACUUGACUUUAACCUCCCUCAUCUACCUGAAGGCAUAAUGAUUUAUUUGCGUUUGAAACCCCCUCUUAUUCUUGUUCCACCCACAUCACGAGCUCCUUAAUCUUCAGCCUCCCCGUAGGCUUCUCAAACCCAGUUGCCGUCUUCUUCAUGGAGUUGAUCAUCCAGCUGCUGGCCCCCAAGUUCUUUCUCAAAUUCGUCCGGAAAAAUCUGCUGGCUGUUGAAUUCCCUGCUUCUUCAGCGGAGGAGGGCAGCGCCGAUCAGCCACGAUCACUAGUCUCUGUUUUGGCCGGCCACUCCGUAGCCUGCAGAAUUCUGCGUUCCGUCGUGCUGAGCUUCAAGAAGUCUCUAGAUCUGGAGGCCUUCCUCAAGGCGCUUACGCUGCCUGGCUCUACCAGCGUCUCGGGCUUGCGUCAGGCCCUCGAUUGUGGUCAGCAUUACUUGCUAACUGCCCUCUCUGCGGCCUGCCUUAGGCUUCCCACUGAACAAGUGCAGUUUGCCUUCGAGAAGGUAGAUUUUUGCUAUUCCUCCACGCCGUGCUUGAUUUGA